AUGGGUGUCAAAAUUGGCGUUUUCCCCGCCUCGGGGGCUCUUGGAUCAAGCAUUGUGAACCACCUGGCGAAGCUAGUCCCAGAACCCGAUCUGGUUCUGAUUGCCCGACACCCCGAAAAACUGUCCGAUUUCAAGCAAGCUGGUGCUACGUUACGCAGGGCCGACUAUGAUGAGCCAUCAACAUUAGAUACGGCCUUCGAAGGUGUGGAUGUCUUGAUGCUGGUUUCAUAUGCAUCAUUCGAGACAGACUACCGGAUCAAGGCACACCGUACUGCUAUAGACGCAGCGAUCAAGAGUGGCGUCAAGCAUAUCUUCUACUCGUCUCUUGGGUUCGGCGGCGAUCUAACCGACCGGAGCAUCGCUCAUGUGAUGGGCGCCCACAUCGAGACAGAAAAAUACCUAUCCACCCUGAAAGAUAAGCUGUCCUACACCUCAGUCCGUGAGGGUCUCUACUCUGAAUCCUUCCCGAUCUAUACCGCGUUCUAUGAUCUACAAAAUCCAGGGGACGAGGUUACAAUCCCCCACUCGGGUAAAGGUCCAGGUGUCACGUGGGUCAAGCGCGAUGAGCUGGGCGAGGCGACUGCUAAGUUAAUUGCCUCGUAUGUCGAUGACCCGACGACCUUCAAGUAUCUAAACAAGAUUGUUCUGCUCUCUGGGCCACGGGAGAUCUCUCUUGCGGAGACAGUUGAGAUUCUCGGUCGAGCAGUCGGGAAAGCGCUCAAGAUCCGGGAGAUCACUGUCGAUGAGUAUGUGAAUAUUCCUGGGAUUGCUGAUAAGCAAACAUACAAGGGGGUUAAUUUGUCAAGAGAGUGGGCUACAGCUUGGGAGGCUAUCAGAAGGGGCGAGACUGCAGUCGUAUCCCCGGCCCUACAUGAAAUCUUGGGGCGUGAGCCUGAAAGCUUUGAAGAUACCAUCAAGGCAAUGGUUGAAUAA